AGACCUAUUUCUCUUUCGAUUUGGUUUUGUAAUAAUAAUAAUAAUAAUAAUAAUAAUAAUAAUAAUAAUAAAGUAUAUUUUCAUUUUCUAGAGUUCUAACUGUAUUUAAUCUGUACAAUAAAUACCAUAUUUUGCCUCAGGCAGAGAAGAGGGACGUUUCUGUUGUGUUCAAAAACAUAUAGUCGUACCACCUCUGUCUCUUUUUUGAACGUUUGAGGGAAGGUGUGGGGAAUACUCUCUGUCCAUCUUUACCUCACUCUCGAUUUCCUUGUCUCGCCUCGGCUUUAUUGGACCUCAAACCUGCGCUCACACAAGCACACUCACGAACACAAAAGUGAAUCUGAUGACAGAGUAGCAGAUUUUACCUGGCUAGCUCCAUAAUAAUGCCUUUUUGACCGAGUCCUUAUUUAAAACGCAGAGGGCUGGAUACGGGAUUAUAUCUUCAGAGGAAGAAGAUAUCAUUUAUAUUUAUUUUUAACAAUGUGGAUUCCGGAUUUUAACCUAUCAGUAAUUGGUAUCCUCUGUUUGGUGAAUGUUUCCAUUCAAGGAGAGUAUCAGAGGAAACUGUACAAGGAGCUGAUGAAGAAUUACAGCCCUCUUGAGAGACCUGUGGCAAAUGACUCCCAUGCUUUAACUGUCUCCUUCAGUCUUAGCCUAAUGCAGAUAAUGGACGUGGAUGAGAAGAAUCAAGUUUUAACAACUAAUGUCUGGUUACAGCUGUAUUGGCAGGAUUACUAUCUUCAGUGGAACAUAUCUGAAUAUCCAGGAGUGAAAAAGGUUCGAUUUCCAGACGGGCAAAUCUGGAAACCAGACAUCCUUCUGUAUAACAGUGCCGAUGAGAGAUUCGAUGCCACCUUUCACACCAAUGUCUUGGUGAAUUCUACAGGGCACUGUCAAUACCUUCCUCCAGGUAUCUUCAAGAGCUCCUGCUAUAUCGACGUGCGCUGGUUCCCCUUCGAUGUGCAGAGGUGUGACCUCAAGUUUGGCUCUUGGACCUAUGGGGGCUGGUCCCUGGAUCUGCAGAUGAUUGAAGCUGAUAUAACCGGUUAUAUCCCCAACGGGGAAUGGGAUCUUGUAGAGGUCCCGGGGCGGCGCAGUGAGAGGUUCUAUGACUGCUGUAAGGAGCCGUACCCGGACGUGACGUUCACGGUGGUCAUGCGGAGACGGACUCUGUAUUACGGUCUGAACCUGCUCAUCCCCUGUGUCCUCAUCUCUGGCCUUGCCCUGCUCGUCUUCCUGCUGCCUGCGGGCUCAGGGGAAAAGAUCUCCCUGGGAAUCACGGUGCUGUUGUCUCUCACUGUCUUCAUGUUGCUUGUAGCAGAGAUCAUGCCUGCAACGUCCGAUUCGGUGCCUCUAAUAGCUCAGUACUUUGCCAGCACCAUGAUUAUUGUUGGCUUGUCGGUAGUCGUCACUGUCCUGGUUCUACAGUUCCACCAUCAUGACCCUGACGGGGGGAAAAUGCCCACAUGGACGCGAUUAAUCCUCCUGAACUGGUGUGCCUGGUUCCUGCGCAUGAAGAGGCCCGGAGAGGACAAGGUGCGUCCAGCCUGCAACAUCGAGCAGCGACGCAGCAGCCUCUCCAGUGUGGAGUUCAAUGCCAGCACCAGCGCCCCGCACUCCACCAACGGAAACAUGCUGUACAUCGGCUUCCGUGGGCUGGAGGGAGGGCCCUGUAGCCCCACCCCCGACUCAGGAGUGAUGUGCGGGCGGAUGAUGGGGGGGGUCGAGGAGGACGUGCUGCUGCCAGCGGAGGGGGGUGGGGACCCCGAUCUCAUGAAGAUCCUGGAGGAGGUGCGCUACAUCGCCAACCGCUUCCGAGACCAAGACGAGGACGAGUCCAUCUGCAACGAGUGGAAAUUUGCUGCUUGCGUCAUCGACCGGCUCUGUCUCAUGGCUUUCUCUGUCUUCACCAUCCUCCUCACCAUCGGUAUUCUCAUGUCGGCGCCCAAUUUCGUUGAGGCCGUCUCAAAAGACUUUGCCUGAUCCCUGACCAUCUCCACAAACCACAAUACGCGAUCCAACCCUUAGACAGACUGAGAACAACUCCUAUUGCUAUAUGGUUGUAAUCAAUGACUGAAAUGCAGUACCUCCUGUUAUCUCAAUAAAUAGCUCAUAUUCUCUCAUAAGUUUUUUCUUCAUAUGCAUAAUAAAACCUUGUAGCAGAUGUUUUAACUUAAUAUUGAUAUUCUAGGGUCAAUUACGAAAACAACAUAGGUUAAUAUAUCAAUAAUUACAGCAUCUCUAAACAAAAUAUUAUCUAAUUAUCUGCUAUUUACCAGUCAAUGUAAAUAAAUUAAAUUAAAAUACCAAGAUGAACUUACUUCAAUGUAUCAUUUUUUAUAUUUGUUGUAUAUAGUUAAUUUAAUAUUUAAAAAAAUAUUCUCCAUUAAUUUAAUAGGUAUUAUAUCUUAACAGUGCUUAAUUAACAUCAGACAACUCCGUUUAAAAGUACAGUUACUUUUAUUUAUUUCUAUGUUACAAAACUAGGUAGGUGAAAAGUAUCAGCUAGGAUUUGUAUUGUGUUCAGAAAAUUAUUAAACCAUAUAUUUUAUCAGAAUUCUAAAUAUACCUAAAACAUUCAUAAAUGCAUUCAUAUAAUUUAUCCGAUUAAGAAUUCCAGAUAUGUUCAAACAAUGGAUUAGAAAUAAGUUGAAAAGUCUUAAAAUAAAGUUUUGAUUCCUCGUGUUAAAGAAGCUAUAGAAAAGCCCAAAGAAUGAUUUUGUUCCCAAUAUUUGCAAAGAUUGUUUGUUUUCCAUUUUCCUCAAAGAAAUGAAUUCCUGGCGCUGGUCUUUUUAGAAGCUUGAGGUGUUGUUUAGAAGGAAAGUCUGCUGUUUUUGUGCUCAUGUUCCUUAUGAGUGCAGCCAGUUUGUUUUUGGAGAGCAGAGCUGAAUGGAACAGAGAGGUUUUUUAUUAUUAUUAUUAUUUUGAGAGAGCAAGCUGAACAAGAGAGAAUCCUGUGUUUUACAAUCAGUCCUUUACACAAUACACAAUUCAAUACACAAGAGGACAAGUCUCUUUGAAGUAUCAUCCAAAGACAAAUUGUCUUAACCAGACCAGUUUUGUUUAUUCAAAACAAUAAAACUUGCUUGUGCUCACAGCUGGAGCAUCAGUGGGGCAUCUUUUCAAUCAGAAAGAGACAACAGUUUUUUUGAAAGCAGGCUUUCCAAAAUCUCUCCCCAGCCAGAAGGUGCUAUUUCCAAAAGAUCACAUUUAGGUUUGAUCAAAUCCAUAUAAUCCAAACACUAUAUGUAAACAUUAAUAAAUUGCAUCCACAACCUUUGUUUGUUUCCUUAUUACAAAAAAAAUGGUGCAGAAUACUAAAGCAAGAAGCAUGACAACGGCGUUUUGGUGUUGUUAAUAAUGCCUCCGAUUGGGAGCUCCCGAGUGGUGCAUCCGGUAAAGGUGCUCCGCGUGGACCGCAGGAUGCGCCCUAUAGCUUGGAGGUCACUGGUUUGGAGUCCAGGCUAUUCCACUGCUGACCAUGGAUGAGAGCUUCCAAGGGGCGGUGCACAAUUGGCCGAGCGUCGCCCGGGUGGGGAGGGCUUAGAUUGGCCAGGGUGUCCUCAGCUCACCGUGCACCAGCAACCCCUGUAGACUGGCCGGGCGCCUGCAGGCUUGACUGUAAACUGCUCAGAGUUGUGUUGUCCUCCAAAGCUGUAGCACAGAGGUGGCUGCAUGGCAGGCCUGCAGAGUGAAAAAAAGCAGUCGGCUGACAGCACGUUUCGGAGGAAUGUCUUUGCCACUCCCAAGUUAGCACAGGGGUGGUAGCGGUGAGCUGAGCCUGAAAUAAUACAAUUGGCUAUUUCAAAUUGGGAGAAAAAUGGGGUAAAAUUCAAUUGGCGACUACUAAAAUUAAAAAAAAAAAAAAAUAGUGCCUCCGAUUGUGGUUUCUAAGGCUGUUCCUGAGGUUUGUUGGUCAUUUUAGUGAGUGUUUUUUUUAGCAAGGAGUUUUAACAUCACCUUCACAUGUAAACACAACAUUACACAUGAUGGUAAAAACCACUAAAGCAAUAAAUUAUAAAUAGGGCUUCUGAUUUUCGGUUUUAACCGAUAAAAGCCGAUAAAUCGCCCCCGAUAUAAAAAAGAAAAUUAAAUCGGUGUAUAUCCAAUAAACACUGGAAAAACACUGGAAAUGGUUACUCAAUUCACACUGACUGGACCCCUUUUCCCUUUCUGACUUGUAUCUUGCAUUGAUUCAUUCUGAAUGCUUUAAACCCACCCCAACUACUGAGUGACAGCAAAUUCCCACAUUUCUAUUGGAGGAUUGUAACACGCUUGCAACACUUAAAAGGAGAUGUUCUUGCUUGCGAGAUUUAAAGCUAUUAUUAUUACAGUACUAAUAUUACAGUACAUAGUAUUUACAAGCUCGUGGUAUUUAAAACAGAAUUGCAAAUUGUGUCAACAUGUAAAGAAAUGCCUAAACACACAAAAACUAAAAUAGUUGUGUAUUUACUAUUACUUACAAUGUGUUUCGCCUUUGCUGUACAUUCACCAUGAUAUGCCACAUUGCAUGUUUAUAAAACAAUAUUCCCUUUAAAGUCCCUUUUUUAACUAAUCAUGUCCAAUGUAACAUUUACAUUAGUCAUAAAUAUAUACAUACACAUACUUCACAUAUCUAUUAGAAACCAGUUAUGUUGGAUCCCAGUGUUUUGUCUUUCUAUUUUCUUGACACACUUUUACCUAAGCGGAAUGGAUUAGGUAGUGUAUGUGUCUUUGUUUUACGUUUUCUACCUGUGCUAACAUUUUGUUUUAGGUACCAUUAGAUGUACAGUAACAUUAUACAACAAAUUGACAUUUGAGUACAGAGCAGUUGCUUAAAACGUGCUGUUUUUUUAAUAAACAAACUAUUAAAUGUGUGUUUCAAUGUCUGUGGAUUUCACAUGUU